GCCGCGACGACGGUAAUGGGCAGUCGUACACCAAACUCCUCCGGCAGGGUAUGAGUGGCGACGAAGGCGAUGGCGGCGUGAAUCUAUCGUUCGAGCUGUGUAGCAGGAGGUCGUCGGCCGCCUCGCGAAUGGUCAUCAUCAACAACCAUCCCGACGACGACGGUGGGCAAGUGAUGGUUGUUGCGAGGUCAUCAAAGUCUCCAACGUCGGUCCGAGAGGCGUCGGGGAACAACAGGGAUCCUCCGAGGCAGCAAUAUCAGUCGUCGUCUGUGUCGAGGGGUGCCUCGGCUCACCUCCUGUGGAUGCAGUCUCCGUCUCCCCUGUCCGCCAGUUCGACUGCCGCCCGCCGUCGAGGCGAAUGCGGGGAGACGGAUUGUGGCAUCGCCGAUGUUGGUGAUGCACGCGGAGGGAGGGAGGUGUGGGCAGAACAGCGACGGACACUUCAUCCACGGCGGGAGGAAUCCAUAACUCUAGGGGUGCAGCGACUGCAUGUGGGGGAGGAGGAAAACGACUGCGAUGCACCUCCGGUGGGCGCGAACGAUCAGGAGUGGAACGACGACGACGGCGAAGGUUGGGAGGACGACGCAGGCUACGUAUCGUCGUUCAAGCAAAGCAGCACGGGAGGGAGGGGCGGGAAGACGAGGGCGUGUGCCCGCAAUGAUCAUUGGGGAAAAAGGCGGCGGGGAACGGGAGCGAUGUCAAAGAUGACGAUGAUGCGGAAGGAGGUCAGGUUGAAGAAGGUGGGCGUCGACAGAGAAGCAAAACGGUGCGGGAAGAAGUGGGACAAUUUGAUGCAGCAGUUCAAGAAGGUGCAUCACUUCCAAGGUUUGUCUGGGAAACAGGACUUCUUCCAAUUCUCUGGGAAAGAGAGGUUGUCGAAGGGCUUCAAUUUCAACAUGGAUCGUGCGGUUUACGACGAGAUACUGGGGUCGACUGCCAAGAGUCACACCAUAAACCCGAAGAACAUCGCCGACACUGGUGCUCCGGGUGGCGUGCGUCUGUCGUCCGCCACUUCUGCGGAUCCUAAAUCUGUGGGCGAUUGGGACGGUCGUGCAGGGCACGACGACAACGAGGACGGGUCGACGAGAGGUUCUUCUCAAACGACGGGAAGCCCAACCAGUUUCGGCAAGAGGAAGAGCACGAGGCAACAAACUUUCGACGCGCUGACGGAAUGCAUGGAGAAGCACGGGGCUCUGGUGCCGUUGACGAUGAAGAGCAACAGCAAGCGGCAGUGCUCCAUCCAAAUCCGGCAGUGCGAGGCGUUGGAAGCGGAGGUCGAAGUGCAGAAAAAACACUACGCAAGUCGGAACUUGUAUACCACCCACUAUCUGCAGGGUGCAGAAGAGGGUGUGGUGAUCAACCGCCUUGGCGAUUGUCUAGCGUCGAGGGUUUAACCCCUCAAGGCGAGUGUCAGUCGACACUUGAAUGUCGAAACG